UAGAGGUACACAAAACAAAAACCGGGUAUUUAAACCGAACCAAAACCGUUUUGGCAACCGGUUUGGAUCAUAACUGUCUAAGAAGCGGGUUUUUAGUCCCAACCGAAAUCGUCGUUGGAAACUUCUAGCGCUUCCUCAUUUACAAAUUACCAAUCAUCAUUCUCCUUUCUCCAUCCUAAAAAUCAAUCAUAUUCUCUGUGUAGCCUCCAAUUUUACACUGUUUAAUCAAAUCAUGGCGACUGCAUCAGUGGCGUUCAAAUCCCGAGAGGAUCACCGGAAGCAGAUGGAACUAGAAGAAGCACGAAAAGCUGGACUUGCACCUGCUGAGGUUGACGAAGAUGGAAAGGAAAUCAAUCCACAUAUUCCUCAGUAUAUGUCAUCUGCUCCUUGGUAUCUUAAUGCAGAGAGACCGAGUUUAAAACAUCAAAGGAAAUGGAAAUCAGACCCAAAUUAUACAAAAUCAUGGUAUGACAGAGGUGCAAAAAUAUUCCAGGCUGACAAGUAUAGAAAGGGUGCAUGUGAAAAUUGUGGAGCCAUGACACACACAGCGAAGACAUGCAUGGAGAGGCCACGAAAGCUAGGGGCAAAAUGGACAAGUAAAAAUAUCGCACCGGACGAGAAAAUAGAGACUAUUGAGCUAGAUUACGACGGGAAAAGGGAUAGGUGGAAUGGAUACGAUGCUGCAUCAUACGCUCAUGUAAUUGAAAGAUACGAAGCUAGAGAUGAAGCUAGAAAAAAGUACUUGAAAGAACAGCAGCUUAAGAAGCUAGAAGAGAAGAACAAAAGCGAAAAUGCAGACAGUGAUGAUGAGGACAACGAAGAUGCUUUAAAGGUGGAUGAAGCCAAAGUUGAUGAAAGUAAGCAGAUGGAUUUUGCAAAAGUUGAGAAACGUGUGCGUACUACCGGUGGUGGCAGCACGGGAACUGUUAGGAACCUGCGUAUUCGAGAAGAUACAGCAAAAUAUCUGCUUAAUCUUGAUGUCAAUUCCGCUCACUAUGAUCCUAAAACUCGAUCCAUGCGUGAGGAUCCGCUUCCAGAUAUGGACCCAAAUGAAAAGUUCUACGCUGGUGAUAAUCAGAACAGAAUAAGCGGUCAAGCGUUGGAGUUCAAGCAGCUAAAUAUACACGCAUGGGAAGCAUUUGAAAAAGGGAACGAUGUGCACAUGCAAGCCGCUCCAUCUCAAGCAGAAUUAUUGUACAAAAACUACAAAAUUAAUAAAGAAAAACUCAAGUCCAAAGUGAAAGAAACUGUUCUCGAAAAGUACGGCAAUGCGGCUAGUGAAGAACCUCUUCCAAGGGAACUUCUACUGGGACAAAGUGAAAGAGAAGUCGAAUACGACCGUGCUGGUAGGAUCAUAAAGGGCCAGGAAAUGGCGCUACCGAGGAGCAAAUAUGAAGAAGAUGUAUACAUUAAUAAUCAUACAGCGGUUUGGGGCUCAUGGUGGAAGGAUCAUCAGUGGGGAUACAAAUGCUGCAAACAGUUGGUUAGGAACAGUUACUGUACAGGUGCUGCGGGAAUAGAAGCCGCUGAAGCUGCAGCAGAUCUAAUGAAGGCCAACAUUGCUCGUAAAGAGGCUUCUGAAGAUGUUAUUGCCUCAGCCGAAGAGAAGCAGCUUGCGACAUGGGGAACCGAAAUACCUGACGACUUAGUUUUGGACCAAGCAAAACUUGCUGAAGCACUUAAAAAGGAGGACAAGAGAAGGAAAGAAGAAAAAGACGAAAGGAAACGCAAAUACAAUGUCAAGUGGAAUGAUGAGGUGACAGCUGAAGACAUGGAAGCAUAUAGGAUGAAGAAAGUUCAUCAUGAUGACCCAAUGAAAGACUUCCUAAACUAAGUUGUGUCCAGAAUGUAUAAUUAUGCAGUUCUUGUCGUUGUAAGUACUUCGAUUGAAUUCUAGCUUCUUUGACAGUCGACGAGACAUAAUGAACACCUCUCGUUAAUCAUUAUGGCUAGACUGGUCACUGGGUGCCACGACGAUAAGUGACUUUUAUAUGUUUGGUGUGGUUUUUGGGUAAUCUGUUGACAUUUCACCUA